CGUCACACAUCCUCCAUGUGUGUACCCUUGUAUACUGUUCUCGUGUGUUACAGUUAAUUUAUUUAUAAUAUGUUGUAGUAAAGUAGAGAAGCUGUGUUGCAGUGAUCUGCAGGCCUGAUUGGGCUGUUUUUAAUCUAUAAACUAUAUAGCGAGUUUUAUAUAGUGAGUGUUUAUUUAAUUUUAGGGCAGCGCGUGUUUCAGAAAUGAUAGAUAACUAGAUAGUUAAGUAACUUAGGUUAGUUAUAUAGUUAUCCAAUCUGCUGUGUUGUGUAGUUUUACAUGGACUGGCUGAAGAAAACCCAUCAGAAACAGAGAGGAGAUGAGUGCACAGAGAUGGGUCCGGCUGUGUGUGGCCGCGGGGACAGUCUUCUCACCGCUGGCCCGGAGAAGGGCAGGAGCAGCCCGGGCGCUGGGGCUCGGCGGCGGCGGCGGGGUGGUGCUCCUCUCCCGCAUGCUGUGCUGUAAAGCGGAGGAGCUGCUGAGGAACGAGGCGGUGCAGAAACACCUGAAGCGGCUGCUGCAGGAGUACAGGACUAUCUCCAGUAGUUUACAGAGCGAUACCGGGAGCGACUCGGACAGGAGGGCUUUAAACCGGAGGCUGGUGGAUCUGUCCUCUGUAGUGAACACGUUUGAAAGCUGUGAAGCAGCUUUAUCUGAGUUAGCGGAGGUUGAAGCUCAUCUACAGAGUACCACAGAUGGAGGGACUGAAGAUAAACAAAUGGUGGAACUACUAAGAGAAGAACAGCAGGAAAUUGAAAAAAAGAUUAAAAAGUUAAAUAGAAAAUUGAUACAGACACUGGUUCCGAGUGAUGAGCACGACAGCAGUAAUGUAAUUCUCGAGGUUGCAGCAGGAAGAACUACAGGAGGUGACAUCUGUCAGCAGUUCACUCGAGAGGUGUUUGAUAUGUAUCAGGGCUUUGCCAGCUAUAAGGACUGGGAUUUUGAAGUGUUUAAUUACACUGAAGCUGAUUACGGGGGUCUUCAUCAUGCAGCAGUGAAGAUUUCAGGAGAGAAUGUGUAUCGCUGGUUGAAGUUUGAGGGAGGAACACACAGGGUCCAAAGGAUUCCUGAGGUUGGACUCUCAUCCCGCAUGCAACGUAUCCAUACUGGAACCAUGAUGGUUAUAGUCCUGCCACAACCCAGUGAUGUGGACAUAGCCAUAGAUCCUAAAGACCUGCGAAUAGACACUUUCAGAUCGAGAGGGGCCGGUGGUCAGAGUGUCAACACUACAGACAGUGCUGUCCGGAUAGUUCACCUGCCCACAGGAACUGUAGCAGAAUGCCAGCAGUCUCGCUCUCAGCUACAGAACAGGGAGUUGGCUAUGCGUGUGCUCAAAGCUCGGCUUUAUCAGAGCACCGUGGGCCGACAGGUGGAGGAGAGUCACACAGCACGGAAACAGCAGGUUGGUACUCGAGCACAGUCAGAGAGGAUACGAUCUUACCAUUUCAGCCAGGACAGAGUGACGGACCACCGGAUUGGCUAUGUGUCUCGUGACAUAAAGGAGUUUAUGAGUGGUGGUGAGCUGCUGGAGGAUCUCUUAUUACAGCUACAGGAGAACGCAGAGACCGAGGCUCUUCUGGAGCUGGUGAAGAACACACCACCCCGUCAUGCUGAUGGGUAAUUUUGUGUUGUGAGGCACUGGGUUACAUUGAACGUCUGUAUUAUAUAUGAAUGCAUAUUCUGUAAAAUGUUUUUUUGUGUUUCUCUGGAGGAUUAUUUGCACAAUAAAUAACUUAUAAUAACUUUGCA